AUGAAGUCUCUCACCUCAUUCGUAGCAGUUGCUCUAGCUGCGUGCACCGUCACUGAUGCUCGUGGACUGCACUAUCAAUCCGAAGCUCCACUGAAUAUCAAGACAACCAGUGGUCAUCUCUCAGGCUUCAUCAACAACACAGCACCCGAUGUUCGCCAAUUCCUCGGUGUUGCCUACGCUGAACCUCCUCUCAAGUCCCUUCGCUUCCAACCUCCCAAGCGAAAGCACAGCUCAGAGCACGUAUCAGCCAAGAAGUACGCGCCGUCAUGCAAGCAAAUCAUCAGCAAGAACCCAACAGUAUACACUCAGCACAUGACUCAGUUUCUUAUCAAUGGCGGCGAUUCUGAGGAUUGCUUGUAUCUCAAUGUCUACGCCCCAUUGAAGCCAACUGCAAAGAAGCUGCCAGUCUUUAUCUACAUUCCGGGCGGUGGUUUUACAGGUGGUGGUGCGGACUCGCUUUACAAGAUCCCCGACAAGUGGAUUCAGAAGACUCAGUCUCACAUCGUUGUCACCAUGAACUACCGCGUCAAUCUCUUUGGCUUUCCCAACGCAGAAGCUGCUCAACAAAACGUCGGCCUUCUUGACCAGCGCAUGGUUGUUGAGUGGACACGCGACAACAUCGCAGCCUUCGGUGGUGAUCCUCAGAAGAUGACCCUCUGGGGCCAGUCUGCUGGUGCUGGCUCAGUUGGGAUGUACGGAUAUGCUUAUCCCAAGGACCUCAUCGUCAAGGGUUUGAUAUCUGAUUCUGGUGCCCCGGCUAUGCUGGCCAAGGUUUAUGGUAACCACUCCAGCUUCGAUACCCUUGCCGAUAAGGUUGGCUGCAGGGGUUUAGAGGGCAAGAAGCAACUGACCUGCGUGCAAAAGGUUGAUGCUUCAAAGUUGCAGAAGGUUUACUCUGAGACACCGACUAUCUCGUUCACUCCUGUUGGAGACAACAUCACUGCGUUCUCUAACACAACCGACCGACUUGCAAGAGGUUUGGUCACCAGAGUGCCAUGGAUCUUUGGUAAUAAUGCCAACGAAGGUGCCGGUUUUGGUACAUACGACCCUAAUGGCGUAACACCAGCCCAGACUGCUAUUGGACUACAGGCUAUCGUAUGUCCAGUUGCUGCUGAGGUCAAAUAUUAUUACACCGGAAACUUCUCCAACAUUACCCCUCUGCCUUGGAUCGGCGCGACUCAUAGCGCUGAGCUUCCCGUUCUGUUCGGAACACAUUACGAGUAUCGCGGUAAUUCCACCGAGUACGAAUGGGAGGUUGCCGAGGGCAUGCAAAGCCUUUGGCUCUCUUUCGCAAACAACCCCAAGAAGAACCCUCAAGCUGGAAAGGUUACUUGGCCUUUGUACAAGCCAAAUGAGAAGAAGAUGGCUGUUUUUGCAGAGGCUGGAAAGAAGUGGUUCCAGUUGGGCAAGGGGUCUCUGACUGAGACCCAAUGCAAGUAG